CGUGGCAGGUGUCCCUGCGCAGGGCAGGGGCUGGAAGGAAGGAAGGAAUGAGCUUUAUGGGCCCUUCCAACCCGAACCGUUCCAUGGCCGCUGCCACACUGCCGUAAAGUGCGCCCUCGGGCCGGCCAUCCUGCGCACGCGGCGCCGGCCGUGGUUGGCCGCCACGCUGCCGUGCGGCGAGAAAACCGUCGUGCAAGCGUCGUGGUGUCGCGGCGCGAUGUGGCGGGGCGCGGCCGCGGGACUGCUGUGCCUGGCCGCCGCCUGCCUCCUGCGCCACGGGUUCGAGCCCCGCGCCCGCCUGCUCAGCGCGGCGGAGCUGCGCCGCUACCGGGGGGCACCGGGCGAGCCCGGGCUCUACCUCGCCCUGCUGGGACGGGUCUUCGAUGUGGAGCGGGGCCGCAAGCACUAUGGGCCCGGCGGCGCGUACAGCAGGCUCGCAGGCAGAGAUGCCACCAGAGCGUUUGCCAGCGGCGACUUCACCCCGGCGGGGCUGGUGGACAACGUGUCAGGGCUGUCGCCCCCGGAGCUGCUCUCCAUCCACAGCUGGUUGAACUUCUACCGCGACAACUACGAGCCCGUGGGGAAGCUGGUGGGCAGAUUCUACGAUGAAAAUGGGGCACCGACAGAAGCCCUGAGGGAGGUUGAGGCUGCCAUUGAGGAAGCUCUCAAAUUCCAAGCAGAAACUGAGCAGAAGAAGCAGCAGUUCCCACCCUGCAACUCUGAAUGGAGCUCCACUAAAGGCACCCGGUUCUGGUGCUCCAGACAGAGUGGGGGAGUGCACAGAGACUGGGCCGGAGUCCCUCGGAAGCUGUACCGCCCUGGCUCGCAGGGGAGUCGCUGUGUGUGUGUGAGGAGCACAGGUCCCCCCUGGGGCCAGCCAGACUCCUCCCAGCACAGCGACAGAGGGGACCUGGAUAACCCUCACCUGGAGCAGUAUGAGGGCUGCCAUCCCCUGGCUGAGCAGUGUGUCCUCACGGGCUGAUAGCAGGCGCUGCAUUCCAGGGCAGGGAGAGUCCUGCGGUGAAACGUUGCACUUUGGGUGGGCAGCUCCAGCUCCAUCCCUUCCACCUAUCUGUGCAAAGGGAGCAAUAACAAUCUCAUGGUAUUUGUGAUGCUUUUUAACGUAUGGAGAUGGAGUUGAGAGAAGGGGAAAACACUUCAGCCAGGUUAGUGGCUAAAAAUUCAAGUAACAGGAUGCUUGCUUUAUUUCUAUGGUAUUUUUACACCUGGCAACAAACUGUAAGAUGCAGAGCCUGAAUUGUAUUUUAGAACUGCUUUCUUGUGCAGUCAGGAGAUGGAUGUUUGUGUGCACAGUGGUGGGACAAUGUGCUGUGGUUUACGGCAGCGAGGUCAGUGAGCACAGGAGCUGCUGCAGCAUCACUGCCCACAGUUCAUGCACAGUCCUCAGGUCCUGCUGCAGGGCAGUGCUGAUGCUCCUUCUCAGGCACCUGACUCGCUCCAAAGAGUUUAAAGGUAGCAGGGAGAACCCUGAAUUUCUUCUGCAAUUAAGAUACACAGUAUCUAGGAACUUGUGCAGUUUAGUUAUACACAAGCUUUAUCAAACUCUUGGAGUAGAGAAGGCAAAGGCCAGAGCUGUAUUUCCUCAUUCAGUGUUUGCAUUAGAUACUGUGCCAAGAUAUUGAAGCCACCUGUGAGGAUUGCUGUUUGAUAUUGACCUCGCCCUCCUGGUCUGCGAUUCACCACUUUCAAACUGCUCUCAUCAGGAAUGAGUAGUUCUAAAUAGCUUUUUUUGUUGUUGCUGCCUGGGUGGCAACACAACCAUCCUACUGUAAUCUGGCUCCUGUUUCCAUUCUGGUAUAAGACUUGCUGCCAUCUGGUCUGUGCCUAUCAGAUUAUAACCUGAGCUGAAUGUGCCCUCACAAGACCCAGCUCCUUUAAAAUCCAUAUUUACUGUAUCAGAGCUGGCAGAAUUCAGCAAUAUGAGUGACUCCCAGAAAUGCAGGGCAGAUUAUUACCAUUUCUGGGUGGGGCUAAAAGGGAGGAAGGAAUACCUGCACAGGGUUCAGGCACUACAAACCUCAAGCUGCAGGGAAGCAGUUGCUGGUUUUAAUGGAAUCUGCUGUUAAAAUCAGUUUUGGUGUAGCCAAGCUUUGAGAGAGACACGCAGAUCAUGGUCCAGUGGUGGCACAGGUCCCUGCUGAGCUGUGGUCAGUUCUUCUCCUUAAGGCAGUUGUCACCUAUGUAUAAGCAGCUGGAAAGUGUAUAUAAACUGAUUUUUAGCUACCAUCACCUCCAAAGAGACGCCCAGAAUCUAAGUGAUUAGUUAGUUAAUUGGCAAGUUUACACGAGGCACCAUUCACUCCCUUGCAGUAGGACAGGUGACAGCACUUCUCACUGAUAAAAGCUUAGAGGAUGCUACAGCUGCCAGGGCCGAAGUCAUACAGCAGUUUAAACGUACAUGUUUGCACAUGCUUGUUGUAACAUUGCAGGGGGGUUGUGGUUUUGGUUUUGGGGUUUUUUACCUCAUCAUCAUCCUGAAGAGAAGCUCUUCCAGACACUGCCCUGCUGUGCCAGCUCUUAGCACUCACAGGGAGAGUAGGAUGUGUGGCAGAACCGAACCUCAUUCCUGGGCUUGAGCCAUCUUUGGGGGUGGAGUGAGCAACUCAUUUCACACAAUGCUGAAGAUCAAGCUGUGUAAAAGGUGCAGGAAAGAGCUACAAAGCAGCACUUCACUGCCUCCACAACUUUGGCCUUGACCACAUUUAAAAAGACAUCACCACUUUAAAUACAAUUUCUUGUUAAAGUGGUGAAACCAUCCCCCCAAAUGAUUGGCAAGUGCCUUUAAAAGAACUUUUAAGAGCUAUUUAAAAGUUGCAGCAAAUUCCAGACUAUUAAAUGCUGUAAGAAGUAGUUUGUGAGGGCAAACCAGUUCUAGUGAAGGUGGACCAGCUUGACCUUCUAAGCAAGUUUCAUCUUGCUGUAAUACUCAAUCACUAUGCAAAUAGUGCUGAGGGGAUGGUUUUGAGUGCAAGAGCUACACAAAAAAAAUCAAAUUAACUGCUGCAAAAAGGCAGGGCAGGAAGGUGGUGGUUUAAGUUAAAGUUGGUUGAAAACCACAAAUAUUCCUGUUUAGUGUUUGAAAAUAUGGGGGGGGGAGGGAGGGGGAGAGUUUGUCUUGUACUAGGAAUGAGAUAUCUAUUAAAGCAAACAAGGAGACACCCUCACUGACCUGAAGUGCUCCAAGACUACUGUACUUGUAACUCCAAUUCAGCAGCUCAGCUGGAUUCUCCCAAGGUGGAAAAGGGUGGGAAGAAAACAGUGACAGCUACAGAGGGCUCGGGUCACCACAGACAGUGCUCUAAUAAAGCUUGCCAUUCAUCUGUACUUCAGUAAGUUUUAUUAACAAAAGACUAAUGCAUCACAAUCUCACCCAGAAGUCUUGGCUGGGUUUGCUGUUGCACUGAAGCUUUCCUUUUCCUCAACUGAAGCUGCAGGAGCUCUCUGCUCUCCCAGCGGGCUGAGCUGCUUCCAGAACACAACUGAGUGCACCAAGUGUUAACAACUUGAACUGAUGAACUCCAUGAACCAGCUCUGGCCCAUGGGGAGCUCGGAUUUGUUUCACAAGACUAAUUAUAGGUAAGUCUAGUAUAAGGCAUUUGAGAUGACUACAUGGUACAAACUAGAACACCAGACCUUGACAGCCAAAAGAAUAGUUGUAGCAGUUCCACAACAUGAAAAUGAAUACCUGGACUCAUUUCAGAACAAAGAAUAAAGUUGUUAUGUCCAGUUGGA